AUGGUGGCAGAUGUAGUGGAUGUGGCAAAUGCACUAGCAAAUCAGCAGCCGUUUGUGGAGCCGAGUUUCAUGCGGUCAUUGGAUUUGGAUGCCAUGCAUGCACCGGAGUAUCCUCAAUAUGUAAAUGCAGUCAAAUUGGUGAUUGAAUCAAACUGGCUCGGCCGGUUCGACCGGGGCAGACACUUGGACAGGGCUGGUCGGUUCUACCGGAGUGGCCGGUUCGACUGGACCGACUGGUUCGACCGGACCGACCGGUUCAACUGGACUGGUUGGUUCAACCGGACCAGCUUGGUCGACCAAAAUGACCGAUUUGAUUGGACCGGCCAUCUAGACCGGAUUGCAGAGCUUCCCCUUAUGCCGGAUGGUGAAUUUACUGUGGGGAUGGAAUUCAGUUCUAGGGAGGCAGUAAUUAAGGCGAUGAAAGAUUAUACAAUCCGCAGAGGUGUAGAUUAUCAGGUGCAUGAGUCAGAACCGACGACAUUCUAUGCCAAAUGCACCCAGUAUCAUGCAGGAUGUGAUUGGCUGAUCAGGGUGAGCAAAAUGUCCAGAAAGUUCUGUUGGGAGAUAAGGAGGUACAACGGUAGUCACACCUGUACUAGGGCCACCAUUUCUCAAGAUCAUUUGAAGCUGGAUUCCAACACAGUUGCAGAAGCAAUAAAGCCGUUGGUAGAAGUUGACCCGUCUAUUAGGGUGAAAUCAGUGAUUGCGGAAGUACAGUUAAAGUUUAACUACACCAUCAGUUAUCACAAAGCAUGGUUGGCUAAACAGAAGGCAGUGGAGUCAAUUUUCGGAGGGUGGGAAGCUUCGUACGAAGCCUUGCCGAUAUGGUUUGAGGCCAUGAUUCACAAGGAGCCAUCCGCAGUUGUUCAUUUUGAAACAAUGCCUGCGUACCAGGGAGAUGACUUGGUUCCUAAUAUUCGUGUGCUAAACCGAGUCUUCUGGAGUUAUUAUCCUUGUAUUAGAGCCUUCAGACAUUGCAAGCCAAUAGUGCAGGUAGACAGAACUCAUUUGUAUGGAAAGUACAAGGGUUGUUUGUUGGUUGCAGUCUCACAGGAUGGCAACAACAACAUCGUCCCGAUUGCAUUUGCCAUAGUUGAGGGAGAGACAUCUGAGGCUUGGCACUUUUUUCUCAGUAACUUGCGACAGCAUGUUGUGACACGUGAUGGUGUGGGCCUUAUCUCCGAUCGACAUGACUCCAUUAGGUCUGCUAUUGCUCGUAGUCACGGAGCUUGGUCUCCUCCCAGAGCAUUCCACAUGUUUUGCAUCAGACACAUAGAGUCCAACUUUCUGAGAAAAUUCAAGGCUCCGUAUCUACAGAAGCUUAUUGUCAACAUCGAUAUGAUAUUUACGAUUACAUUUACUCCUGGACUCAGUUAUUAUGAUGAAUGUUUCUUAUGGUGGGCCCUUUUUUAUGUGACAGGUUACUCGCGAACAGUUCACGAAUACGAGACGCGUUAUCAGCGUUUACGUGAGCGGGGUGAGGCUUAUACCAACUGGUUGGAUCGAAUCCCGCGUGAGCAGUAUGCUUUGGCAUUUGAUGGGGGAUAUCGAUGGGGUCAUAUGACAACCAAUCUAGUGGAAUGCAUCAACUCGGUAUUGAAAGGGGCUCGCAAUCUUCCAGUCACUGCACUUGUUAAGGCAACAUUUUACAAGCUUAAUGAAUUGUUCACCCGAAAAAGAGCCGAAGCUGAGGCUUGA